AUGCCAGACCAAAGGUUUUCGGCUCUUGGCUUCAUGCACGUUUUCAAGUCUGGUGGCUCGACCUAUGGCGUUGCUUUGGCAAAGUAUGCCCGGGCACACCGCAUGCCCUUCUUUACAGACAUGAGAGAGGGCGGACCAUCAGAGGUACCCAGGUACCUUCGCAUCUUGAACCCCGGUGCCAGGCACCUCGCAGUUGAUGCACCGCCCCCGAAGUCCAAUUUCAGCAUCUUCCACGGCCAUCUCGUCGACAUGGGCUUUGGGAAACUGAAUCAUCACCACAAUGGAGCGUUCAACCAGUUCUUCCCCAGCCCCACGAUGACACGGGUCCCCUUGUUGGCUGUGGCACUUCGCGAGCCUGCUGCCCGCCUAAUGUCGGCUUUUUUGCAGUUGACAGCGGGGCUGGACCACAAGUCAGGCGCCUCGCUGGCCAUGGACCCCAAUUCCCUUCAGAAAGGUGUCAUGGACAAGGGCGAUGUGGACCUCAUGUUCGCCGAGUUCAUGAAGCAGCAAGGGGUGGCACAGUGCAGGAUUGUACCAAACCAAGCCUUCGGCCCGCGCUUCGCAGCACCCUGUGCCGCAAAGGGCCACUUGGAACAGGCGCGCCUGGAUGCAAUGAGUGACCUACUGCGUCAAUACAUCCUGCCCCUCAUCACCGAGCGCUUGGAGGAAUCUGCGGCCCUCCUGGAUGUAUUCUUGGGACAUCCGACCCCACCGUCCUUGUUGCAGCUCGUCCGCUAUGGACUGCCAGUCCGCUGCAGCAGCUACGAGGACUGGCGGCAAGGGCGGCGGCAUGCGAUUCUGGAGGAAUGUCACGACACAGGCAAAGGCUCUGCCAACCAGGUUGGGGCGUUGGUGACUUCGUCAGUCCGACGGGUGGUCAGGAAGGUCAUGGGCUACGAGCUGUGGUUGUAUCGAAAUGCGACAGCACUGUUCGAGACCCACUUGAAGCUCCAUGACAUCCGAGCCAGCGAGCUGUCUGCAUCCCAAGAAUUCGCUUGCAAGCCGCAAACUCUACAAGGUUGCUCCAAGAAGGAGGCCAAGUUCAUCUCCAGGUGGCAGACUAGGCCACAUCCAGAGCUGAUGGCCGAGAUCGGACGGCUCAAGGGCAACAUGGGCAAGUCGGUUACCAGUGACAUCAACGCACUCAAGAAGCUUGCAUCCUUGGAGAAGCUGCUGGAUGCCGCAAAGCCCAAAGAGAGUGAAGAAUUGUGA